CCACUUUCCCCACAUCAAAUUCUCUCUUUCCUUUCGAAUUUUGCUCGUUCAGAUCAAAGAAAGUGUCGCUGUUGAGAAUUGAGUUAGCUUAACCAUGGCUGAAGAAGCUUCAAAGACAAGCACAGCUCAAGAGGAAGCUGUGGUCGCUGACGUUGCACCUGCUGAGCUAUCAGACACCAACGUUGUUGUGUCUGUAGUAGAAGAAGAAGAAGAGGAAAAAGCAUCUCCGGAGAAGGAGAACAUUCCAGAAACCGAGACGGAGGUUUCCAAAGAUAACAUUCCUGAAUCUGGUUCGUUCAAGGAAGAAAGCACCAUUGUCUCGGACCUGCCAGAAACAGAGAAGAAGGCACUGCAAGAACUCAAACAACUCAUUCAGGAAGCACUCCAAAAACACGAGUUUUCUGCGAUUCAGAAUAACCACCCUCCCAAAGAUGAAAAGCCCGAAGAUGCCACCGACAACAAGGAGGAAGAGAAGCCCGCCGAGGAAGAAAAGGAACACGUUGUUCAUGCUGCUGCUGCUGUUGACGUGGCAGAAGCGACAGAAAAAGAAUCUGCGGAAGUGAAGGAGACAGAAACUCAAACUGAGGUUGUUGAAGAGAAAGCGGCUGUUAGCGAUGCUGGUUGUGUUGUGGAGGAUGGAGCGAAAACGGUGGAGGCUAUCGAGGAGAGCGUUGUGGCUGUGAGUGUGUAUGAGGAGGAAGCGAAGGUGGAAGCUGGUUCGGCUUCACCCGAAGAGGUUUCGAUUUGGGGAGUGCCGCUUCUUGCUGAUGAGAGGAGCGAUGUGAUUCUGCUGAAGUUUCUGCGUGCGAGGGAUUUCAAGGUGAAGGAGGCGUUUGCGAUGAUAAAGGGGACGAUUCGGUGGAGGAAGGAGUUCGAGAUGGAGGAGCUGUUGGAGGAGGAGUUGGGGGAUGAUUUGGAGAAGGCGGUGUACAUGCAUGGGUUUGACAAGGAGGGUCACCCUGUGUGUUAUAACAUCUAUGGGGAGUUUCAGAACAAGGAGUUGUACAAGAAGAGUUUCUCUGAUGAGGAGAAGAGGCACAGGUUCCUCAGGUGGAGGAUUCAGUUCCUGGAGAAGAGUAUCAGGAAGCUUGAUUUUACCCCUGGUGGUAUAAGCACCAUUGUUCAAGUCAAUGAUCUCAAGAACUCUCCCGGACCUGCCAAGUGGGAGCUUAGACAGGCUACCAAACAGGCCCUUCAGUUGCUUCAGGAUAACUAUCCUGAGUUUGUUGCCAAACAGGUGUUUAUCAAUGUGCCGUGGUGGUACUUGGCAGUGAACAGGAUGAUAAGUCCUUUUCUUACUCAGAGAACCAAAAGCAAGUUUGUCUUUGCCGGCCCUUCCAAAUCAGCCGAGACUCUUUUGGGAUACAUUGCUGCUGAGCAACUUCCGGUGAAGUAUGGUGGACUAAGUAAAGAUGGGGAAUUCGGAAUUUCCGAUGCUGUUACAGAAAUUACAGUGAGACCAGCAGCAAAACAUACCGUGGAGUUUCCUGUUUCUGAGAACUCCCUACUGUCUUGGGAACUAAGAGUAAUAGGGUGGGACGUAAGCUAUGGUGCAGAGUUUGUGCCAAGUUCGGAGGGAAGCUAUACUGUGAUCAUCCAGAAGGCUAGAAAGGUUGCUUCAUCAGAAGAACCGGUGAUUUGCAGCAAUUAUAAAAUUGGUGAACCUGGGAAAGUGGUUCUCACCAUUGACAACCAAAGCUCUAAGAAGAAGAAACUCUUGUACCGCUUGAAGGUCAAGCCCUUUUCUUCUGACUGAGAAUCUCAUAAUUGCUAUGUACAUCCACAAGGAGGAAGGAGAUGAACAGCACCUACAUUGAUUGCUGUCAAUUAUGUACUUGCAUUCACUUCUACCACCCAAGAUGUUCAAAGAUGGACUUUGCUGCUGCUAGAAGAGGAGAGUUUUAAAUUUUAAUCGUGACCAUAUGUUUCAUUAUAUAUAUUUCUUCUGUGUUUCGUUGAUUAUUUAUUAUCAUUAUUAUUAUUAUUAUUAUUGGAGGGGAGCUUCUGAUUUUUGAAUUCUUAAUGAUAUAUCGAGGACAUAAUUGCUCUAUUUCUCUGUAUAAAUUUCUUGUAAAUUUUCGGGGGGUCCUUUUGAUCUAAUGUUGUCUUUGUCUGUACCCAAGCUUAAAAUUAUGUUUUAUCUGUCA